CAGAGAUUGGUACUGGGGUUUCCUCAUUGGCACUGUCACUGCUGUUGUUGGAUUCAUCUUUCUUGCCAUCGGGAAUCCCUUCUACUGUUUCCAACCCUUGGGAAGCAGCCCUAUAGUGAAGAUCGCACAAUGGUUGCAAUUAGAAACAGAAGGUUGUCAAUACCAACUAGUCCUGAUGAACUGUACGAGAUCGAUGAUGAAGAUAGAGAUCCAUCUGAAGAAAAAGUUCCAUAUACAAGCCAAUUUAGGUCGCUUGAUAAAGCUGCUAUUCUUCUCGAGGGCAUGACUCCAAAGCCAUGGAAAGCCUGCACAGUUACCCAAGUUGAAGAAGUCAAGAUAUUAACAAGAAUGCUGCCCAUUGUUGGAAGUACAAUCAUAUUGAACACAUGCAUGGCACAGUUGCAAACUUUCUCAGUUCACCAAGGCUACUUCAUGGAUCCCUAUAUUUGCUCAUUCAAGUUCCCAACAUCAUCAAUACCAGUGAUACCACUAUUCUUCAUGUCCCUUCUCAUACCCAUCUACGAGUAG